UCGUACCCCGGCCUCAGUUGUUGACUAGAACUCUGCCCCAUCACCGCCGUGACUCCGUACGUUCGCCAGUGAUUAUCGCAUUAGCGUGUAACAGUGAUAAGCUAAGAUUUUGAGAAUGGCCAAGUUGGUGUACCUUAUCCUUGCCCUGUGCGUCGUUCAGGGUACCUUUGCGCGCGUUCGCCGUGAUGCUCCGGCUGCCCCGGAGAAAUCCUUCUUCGAUACCGUGCUGGAGGUGGGAGGCAAGAUCCAGGUCGCGUUCGAGGAUACCCGCCAGAGUGUGCUGAAAUCGCUUGGCUUCCAGUCGGACGACGAGGUCGUGCAGACGAUCAAGACCAACACCGACCAGUAUGUGACGAACCUGAGGAACGCCCAGACCACCAUCCAGGAGGAGCUGAAGAAACACUCGGAUGUCUUCGAGCCGAUCGUGAAGGAUCUGAACGUCAAGCUGUCCGAAACCGCGGCCACACUCUCCCAGCAAAACCCGGAGGUCGCACAGAAGGCGAAGGAGUACCAGGAGCAGGUCCAGACCAACCUGCAGUCGCUGUUCGCCGAGGCACAGAAGACGGUCGAGAAGCUGAAGGAAGACGCACGUGCCCCGUCCGAAGAGCUGCAGCGUGCACUGAAGCAGAUCUACGAUUCGACCCUCGAAACUCUUACCAAGACGGGCGAAAAGUUGAAGAAGCAAGAGUAAUUGAUCGCGAUCGAUAAUUAUGGGAUGUGGGUUAUGG